AUGAGCGAACAUUCUCGUUCGGUUUUACAUCGAAUUGAAUUACGUCGUCGAAGUGAACGCGAUAAAUUUGGUUUCGCUAUACAAUACGAACAACCUUGUUCCAUCUGCGUCUACUCAGGAAGUUUAGCUCAAGCAUGCGGAUUACGUUCGGGACAAAUCUUAGCUAAAGUUAAUGGUUACAAUGUCUUAGAUGCCAGACAUGAUGACGUUAAACGACUUGUCUAUGCUAAGCACACCAACGUACUUGUGUUAGAAGUGCUCGAUCCUGAUGAUGAUAUCGAGGAAGAUAAUAGUAUCGACUGUAAAGAGAAUAUCCUCUCGCCAUCUUCUUGCCAUGUCACAUCGAAAAUCUCGGUGAACGAUGCACUUCGUGGACGCAUUCUUCGAGAGAGUAACACCGGUUCAUCAUCGACGAUAAACAAAUAUCCAAUAAAGCAUUAUUAUAAAAAAGCUCGAGAAUCUCUCACAUCAUCAUCGCAAGAUUCCACUACUAGUACAACAUCUGAGCCAUUGAUAAACAAUCGACAGAAAUCCUUUCCUAACAUCAAUCGUCAACGUCUUUCGAAAGUGAUUAUUAGCACCAAUCUUCGAAUGUAUUUGUCCCAAAUCAAUGAUAUCAUCCUUUUGAAAGAUAUGUAUUCAUCGUUGACACCCGGUGUUAAUCUGAUUGAUUCGCAGUCGUCAUUAUCGUUUAAACAUCAAACAUUGUAUACAUUUUCUUCAAUUGAUUUCCUCGGCUACUUUGAUAUUGAUCAUAAUAGUAAAAAUCAAACAGAAUUAGUGAAAAAAAUCCAAAAAUUUCUUAAGCGUUCGAUUUUAAAUCCCACAGCACAUAAAAUCCAAUUUCACAUUCAAUGUAAACAAUUUCAAAUCACUCCACUUUGGUUUCACUUCUUAGCGGGCAAAUAUUUAAGCUAUGUUUGUCUAUUUCAUACCCAACCGACGCUAUUCGCAUUGAUACUCUACUGUUCAAUAAAAAUCGAUGAGAAUAUCAAUAAAUUAAAGUAUGAACAUAAUGCCAGUUCAAUGUUCGUCUUUCGUGCGUCGUCCGUCGAUGAACGAAAUCGAAUUAUUCAGUGUUUAUUCGCCAGAGCGAAGCAUUGCUCGAAUGAACAAUGUAAUUUGGAAAGUAAACAUCGAAAACAUCAUUUAGAUGAACCAGAUACAUGUUCAACGAAUAGUUCGUGUGCAACAUCGAUCGAUUCGAAUAUCGAUUCUUGUACAACAGGAACCACUUCUCAGUCGUCCGUCGAAUCCUCGUCACCUAACGCAUUACGAUCUUCUAUAGAAGAGGAUGACGAAGAAGAAGAAGACGACCACCACGAACAUCAUCAACGUAGUAUUCCGCCACCACCACCCGAAUUCGGUCACGAUGAUGAUUCCUGUCCAGGUCCAUGUUCGUCAUCAUCUUCUUCGUCACUCUCUGAUGGUGAUCUACUUGAUAACGAUCUAGUUGGACCGAGUGCAGCAUCAACAGCGACAACCGGUCAAUUCCUAUGGAUCGAUCAUCAUCCGCGUCGUCAUUCCAUCGCAAACGAUACCCAUCUUCUUGACGCAAACAGCUUCCACUAUCACCCAUCGAGUCCAUUCGUUGAUCAUCCACCAUCUGUCGAAGAUCUACGCGCACGAUUCGCAUCCGCUUAUAUUCUCACUACUGCUCCCUCUUUGACGGCCAUUCAUAAUGAUGAUGAAUUGUCUUUGCAACAUGAGACAAGUAUUAAUGAGGGUUCCAUUGAUAUGAGUGAAGAGCAUUGUUCUGCAACGUCAUGGGCCAUAUGUUUUGAAAAAUUGUUGAACGAUGAAUUGGGUUUGCAAGUCUUUACAGAAUUUUUAACCAAAGAAUUUAGUCAAGAGAAUAUUCAGUUCUGGCUUGAAUGUGAAAAUUUCAAAAAGUUAACCAAUCACAACGAAAUUCGCGAAAAAGCAAAUCUAAUUUGGUCGACGUAUUUACACGAUACGGACGAUGGAUCAUGUCGGAUCAAUAUCGACAAUCGAACGCGACAAGAAUGCGAACAAUUAUUAUCAACUAGUCCAGAUAUUCAUCUCUUCGAAAAAGCUCAAUCUCAGAUCUUUCAUCUAAUGAAAUACGAUUCGUACACCAGAUUUCUCAAGUCAGAUAUUUACAAAGAUUGCAUUCGCAAUGAAAUGGAAGGAAAAUCAAUAAAUUACAGCAAACAACACGUCACCAAGCCUUCGGAGCAACCACGCACGACUAACACCAACAAACUGAAAGAAGAAGAAAAAAAAGAUAAGAAGAAAAGCCCUUUCCUACCUUGGACAAAAGCUUUUUCCAAAUGGAAACGACCAAUAACAUCAAAUGCCAUUCCUCCAUCGACGAGUUCAACAUUUGACUCCUGUUCAGUCAAGUCCUGUCAGAUCUCUUCGUUCAACACGCUUCCACGUUGA